AUGCUUUCUCCAGCAACGUGACUAUAACGACUAAGAUCAUUAAAGUGCCAUAUAUGUGAUGUACCAGUCACGUAGGUCAGGAUCUAAAAGAAAUCUUACUGCAGUAGUACGCAUGGCACAGAGAAGGCCAAGAAAAAUCUUGCACUUUCACCGUAUCAAUGGAUGAUGCGUCAAAGGAAUAAACAGAGAAAGAUAUAGGAAAUGCGAAUGAUCACAUAUUACUCGUGUAUUAAAUGAUGGUCCAACACCGAGAGAUAUGUACAGAUAUAUCUGGAAUUGAAAUUAAUUGUCGGAAGUACGAUGUAUUUCGCAUACGUUUAGCACCUUUUUAACAUCCGCUUGAGCAAGAAACUUUGUUGGGGACACUAGAGUCAAGCAAGCAUCCGUUCGUCGAUGCUGAAAGAAAAAGAAAAGAAAAAAAAAAGAAAUAGAAAAAGAAAAAGAAAAAAGAAAGAAAUAAUAGCCAAUUUUUCUAUCUCUUUCUCACUCUCUCUCAAUCAAUAUUUUAUUGAUGAAUAGAACAAUAUCUUGGGACAAGAACAAGAACGUGGGCUUCAAAGAGAGACAAGAAGGUCGACGUUGAUUUUAUACUUGACUAUCCCUAUUGGUAAAGAUUUCAUCGCGGAAAGACACUUUGAAAACCUUUAACCUUACUAGCUUUCUCCAAAGUAUUCGAUUAGUGUUUCUUUGAAUGAAACAUUCUCAGUGGAUGGAAAUCACGAAAAAUACUAGUCUGACGACUAACAACUUCUAUUCGUGAACAUCGAAAAGACCUUCCUUUCUCCAUAAAGGCGAUUCUAGUUUGUAAAUACCGCGACACGAAAGCCUGGAGGAAUCUUCAUCGAAGUCCUUACACCCACACAUUUCUUCUAUGUUGCCUAUACCCGUGUACAUGUAAGUCAGAAGGCCUGUGGAUGCCUGUAAAUAGACGUACACGCCUGUAAGUGCAAAUAUCGUGCCAUCUACGAUAGGGGACCCGCUUCAGAGACAACUUUCGCCCUCCAAGGCUGAGAAGAUUCCUCGAGUUGAACUCAUCCCAAGCAUAAUGGACGUCUCGCGUGCGACGGUCAUUGAAAAAUAUAAUACUCUUACUCGUUAAUUAACCGUUAUGAGUAGCGUGUAACUAUGAUGCAAUAUCUUUCUAAUGGUUAAUGGAUAAGAGAAUGACAAAUAAAAAUAGAUUGAAUAGGUGACAAAUGUAUCAUUGAGUUCUAGUAAAUUGGAGAAGAGAAGGCAUGUCGAGCAAGAUUUCACAAAUACCAAAGUAUCUAUUUCUUUUUCCUUUAAAUGCUUUACGUUGAGAUUAACGGUGGUAUGUUAGAAGGAUGCGUAGAAGAUCGGAUUGCAAAAUUUCAAUUCUCAUGAGACGACCUCGAUCUUCGCAAGACACUGAACGUAACCACAAAUCAAAGUACAUGAGUCUUAUUCCCCGAGGUCUUUCAGUUUUCGAGGCCUAAUACGAUGUUAAUUGCCAAGGACAUGUCUCUAUUACGAUGAGUAAUAGACUUCUGAAUUACUCUGUAUCCGUAUCUCGUAUUCAAUGAGUCCAAGUGUUCAUCUUCCAAGUUAUAUAUUUCAAUUAUAAUUGUACUGUAGCAUUUUCAUUAAGAAGCUAAAGAGAUUUAAUCGUACUCAUUUGCAUCUCUUGGUUCAGACAGUAUCUGAUGAAAGCCUCGAUUUAUUCUUCGAUGAAAUCGAUAGCAUCCGCUUAAGGCAACUGAUAGAAAGAAAGAGAAAAAGUUUAUUUUGCUAUAGGGAAUGCCAAUGCGCAUUUAAAAUAAGCUUGUUGAUGGCGCAGAUGAGCUCCCUGCUCUUACUAUUCCUAGUGGAUGAGCUUCGUGGUGUGACGUAACGCUAUGUUACGUCUUCUUCUUCUUCUUCUUCUUCUUCUUCUUCUUCUUCUUCUUCUUCUUCUUCUUCUUUUCCCCUAUAUACGUACAUACGCGUACAUUCUCUCUUAGACCUGAGGCGGCCCCCUACUACAAUCCUCGGGUCCUGAUAUCCCAUCCUCUCAGAAAGUUGCGCACAUCUCCGUCACAGAACUCCCUUGGCAAGACCUCAGUCGUCUUUAAGAGUUCGUUCACGAAGGUGAUCAUCGACUGCGAAAAUCUUCACUUUAUACGAAUUCAACGAAGACGAUCAUGAAGUCUUUAGGACCAUGCCUUCUUAUUCUUCCGGUGGUUAUAUUAUGGGGUACAACAUUGGCUCUUCAACGACCUCCACCGAGAUAUUCUCAGCAAUACAUGCCGGAAACUGCGUUUACAUGUCGUAACAAAAUAGUUGGUAGCUAUUAUGCUGAUCCAGAAACAGAUUGUCAAGUUUUUCACGUUUGCGUUUCUGUAUCUGGCAGUAUCCAAGAUUAUAAGUUUUUAUGUCCAAAUGAUACUGCUUUCGAUCAAGAAAGUCAAACGUGUGCAGAUUGGUAUGACGUAGAUUGCGAAGCUGCAACUCUUUAUUACGCCAGCGAUAAUUUUGAUUUGUAUAGACUUGGUUCAGGAUUAGAAUCUCCGCAUUACGAUACAAUACGUAGCGAUGAUGAACCUCAAGAUAAUCUUCAACGAAGUGAAAGCAAUGAUCCAGUGCGAUCAUCAGCAAACGCACUCAAUAGAGUUUCUUCUGCUAAUUAUAACAACAAUAACAAUAAUCGAGAAGUUCUACAUAGUAAUAGCAAAGUUGGUUUUUAUAACCAUAGGACAAAUAAAGAGGAUAAUUAUGAUAACGAAAGAGCUUACAAAGAUGAAACAGUGACUACAGAGAAAAAGAAGACAGGUAUCAGAAAGGUGAGUAGGAAACAACCCUACAACGGAAACACCAACGAUUAUCCUGUAUCAAGCACGGCAAUAUCAUCGACUUAUAAUAGUCAGAAUAAUUAUAAUGGAAAUUUUUUCAACAACAACAACAACAACAACAACAACAAUAACAACAACAACAACAACAACAACAACAACAAUAACAAUUACAAUCAACGAUCGACUACUUCCGGUUCAUCUUCCACAAUUCGACCUCAAGAGAGCUACAACAGGAAUCAGAAUAUUCAAAAAUAUACCGUGACUGCGUCCUCGACUUAUCGACCUAACACGAAUUAUCAAGAUUCUUACAGCAGUUACCAACCAUCAAGUUCUACCGCCAAGGCAACGGUUUACAAUACUUACAACACGAACAACAAUUACAAUCAGGAUAAUUCAGGAUCUUAUACACCUAGCACUACAUUAAGGACAACGAAUUACAAUGGUAAUGGCAACAGAAACGGAUAUCAACCUUACAAUGGUGGACAGUUCACACAGUCCAGUACUGCAUUACCUAGCACGAAUUAUCAAACGAGUGAUUAUACAAAUUAUCAGAAAAAUUAUAACGUCCAACGUGCUAACGGUAAUAAUGGAGGAUACCGUCAAUCAACAACUAUUGCUGCUACAGUCUAUGACAAUAAUUAUGGCAGUGCCAGCGAACAGUAUAGAAAUGGGCAUAGUUCCACUACAUCAGAAAUAAGUCAGACCACCUCGAAAUAUUUCACAAAUUAUGCAGGAAGCAGUUACGCUCCAACUACCUAUAGUCCACCAACGAAAAAGUAUGUUCACACGGACAACAGUCCGGCACAAUCGGUUUCUCGAAGCAACGAUCGCUAUAACAGUCAACAAUCAUCGGAUAACAAUCAGUAUUACGAAAAGAACGAACAGUCGAUCAAAUCUUCUACUCAAUAUUAUGACAGUACAAAAACGUCAAAAAAGGGAACGCAGUACAACAAUUAUGAAAGCUCGAACAGUGGCAAAUAUUAUAUUGAGACUAGUACAGAUAAUUACGAUUUCGGAAGAGCUUCAGUAGGUAUAGGUUUCAGUCCUGCGAGUAUAAAUCAUUUGGCUGAGACACCCAGAUCUACGACACCUGUUCCUAGGAGACAAGCUAGUGCGACCACGUAUAAUCCAAACAGCUUCAGCAGUAACGCUCAAAAGCCAUCGUCAAUAAAUACAACUCCUCGAAGUAGCACAUAUGUCAGUGGAUCGGCUAGACCUUUCACAUCUACUACCAGAUUCGUUAGCAGUUCAACUGCUCGAUCAAAAUCAGGAAAAAAAAAUGAUUAUGAUUACGCAUACUAUGAUAAUGCUGGAGCUCCUGAAUAUGAUGGUAUUGAGCUUGAACAAGUCACUGGGAAUAAGGAAUCAUCGAAACUAUCGAGAAAUUGAUCAAAUUUUCUCGUAGUAGUCUACUUCGAAAGUCUUCGAAAGUCUUUCGAAGUUGGUCGUUAGGGAGCGUUUUUAAUUGAAGGAUUUAAAUAAUCAGUUUUUGAUCAUACUUCCUUAUUAAAAAAGAAAUAAUUGAAAAGAAGGUAAUAUCGAAAACUGAUUGGAAAUCGUAAACCAUAUUUAACAGUUUCGAUUCGAUAAUAUGAAUCUCUUAUUUACUAUUAUUAAUUAAUUAUUAUUGCUGAUAUUCGUAUACUAUUGUUUAUCAUCUUUGUCAGUAUUAUGAAAUAUUAGUAAGCAGGCGACAGUAUUUAAAAGUUGUUUUUAAUUAAAAAAAAAAGUUAUAUAAAUUUUUCACUAUUAUUGCACUCGGAUAUUUGCAUGAUAGUAAACGUUUCUGUAUUUGUUUUGAAAUGUUUUAGGAAUUAAUAUAUUUUAUAUAUUUUUGUAAAUAUAUGAAUGUUUAUUCAAAGAAAUACGCAUAAAAUACUUUGAAUUCAUAGAAAAAAAUAAGUUCAUUCAUAACAGCCGAAGUAUACGUAUAGAUCUUGUAUACUAAAAAUGCUUGUGUAAUAAGUUUUUGAUUAAAAAAUAUAUUAUUAAUCUUUUUUUAUUAUAAAAUUCGCCUAGCACGGUUGACCAUAUCACGUCCUUCUUCUAUCAUCUGUUCGAAUUGUUAAUUAUUUGUUAUUUUAUAAAAAAAAAAUUAUACAUAUAGCACAUGCGUAUAACGCCAUUUGCUUCAAACAAAUUUCAAAUUUUCGCGCGCUAUGAAAACAUUUAUUUGAGCGCGCAAUUGAAAUGUGACAUUUUCGGUGUGAACGAAACAAAGCAACAUUAUUUAUGUCAA